AUGGAUGUGACAGAUCAGGUUUACUUCGGUAGGGAGACCAUUAAGUAUAAAGCUGCAGAUGUGCCCCACCUAGUUAUGUGUCGCACCGCGCCGGCUGCACUGCAGGGGGAAGUGGUACAGCGUGCUUGCUCUGAGAUGCUUCACUGGGAUGAAUACCGGGAAGCGCUUGGAUUACAGGACGGCACAGGUAAGAUGCUGGACUCCUUCCUUACCAGGGUUGCGGCGCCCUUUCUAGGAUACACGUUUAAGGGAGAGAAAGACAAGUCGAAGUGCAAAGCGUAUUCUGUGGCCGUGAAUCCCGCCUUCCGUGAACUUCCUCUUCAGACGUUUUGCUCUGAGAUGGAGCACUGGGAUGCGUACCGGGAAAGAAACAAUAUCCGGGACAAUGUUGACUCGAUGAGAGAGUUGUUUUGCCCCAAGGCAUUUGGUGGGAACGAGAUGAUUAUCUUGGACGCACGAGGGAAAUUGCUUUUUAUGAAGCUGAUGUGCAUCGUAAACUCGCGUGAAUCCUUUGGUAGACCUACACAGAUGCUGUGUACAGAAAUGAUUCACUGGGAUGAGUUCCAAGAAGCGAACGGCAUUCUUCUGAAUCCAACGAUGAAAGUUGUUUUUGGAAAGUGUUGA